GAAACCAAUAAAAAUGAUUUUUUUUUUUUAAAUAAAAAAGUUAUUUUAAUUUUCUCACAUCAAUGGGUGCGUGUAAGGAUCUUGUUCCUUUUCUGUAUAAACCCAACAACAUUCAACAAUCUUCAUUCAUUUCUCCUUCAAUUCCUACUAUUCAGUUAACACAAGACACUGUGUUUGUGUUUGUGUUGUGAAAUUGUGAGAAAUUUGCAAGGUGUAUUGUGAUUUCAUAUGGAGCAGCUUCCUGUUGAAGUGAUUGGGAACAUACUGUCCCAUCUCAAGGCUGCUAGAGAUGUGGUUAUAGCCUCAGCAACAUGCAAGAAAUGGAGAUUUGCAUGCUGCAAACAUCUUCACACACUCUCUUUCAGCUCUAAUGAUUGGCCGGUUUACCGUGAUUUGACGACUACCCGUCUUGAGAUUUUGAUCACGCAGACGAUAUUACAGAUAUCGGGGUUGCAGUCGCUUUCCAUUUUGAUGGAAGAUGUCGAUGAAUUCUCGGCUUCUGCUGUUAUUGCUUGGCUUAUGUACACCAGGGAAACUCUGCGGGAGUUGUUUUAUAAUGUGAAGACUAUGCCGAAUGUUAACAUUCUUGAGAUAUGUGGUAGGCAUAAGCUGGAAAUCCUUGACUUGUCUCAUAAUUCUAUUGUUGGGGUUGAGCCGAAUUAUCAGAGGUUCCCUUGUUUGAAAUCGCUUUCGUUGAGUUAUGUUACUAUAUCUGCGUUGGAUUUGAAUCUUUUGGUGUCUGCUUGUCCGAGGAUUGAAGCUUUGGAGCUUGUGAAUCCGGAGAUCGCGAUGUCGGAUGGUCAAGUGACCGUUGAGUUGAGUAGCUCGACGCUGAAGAGUGUUUAUGUAGAAGCAAUCAGUUUGGACAAGUUUGUAUUGGAGGCGGAUGGGAUUGAGUGUUUGUACUUGAAAGAUUGUGCUCUCGAGGAUUUUGAACUCAUUGGAAAGGGGACGUUGAAGAGUUUUAGGAUCGACGAUGUUAGUGUUAUACAUCUUGAUAUCGGCGAGAUUGUUGAGAAUCUUGAGAGUGUGGAUAUCAGCAACUUCACGAUUAUAUGGCCAAAGUUUUACCAGAUGAUAUCGAGGUCGUCAAAUUUAAAGCGGCUUAGGCUUUGGGAUGUGAUGUUUGAUGACGAGGACGAGGUUGUGGAUUUGGAAACAAUUGCCACUUGCUUUCCACAGCUGAGUCAUUUAUCUCUGAGUUAUGAUGUGAGAGAUGGAGUGCUUCACUACGGGUUACUAGGCUCUUCUGAUCUGGAGAAUGUUGUUGUCUUGGAGCUCGGCUGGAGCGUGAUUAAUGAUCUUUUCUCCCAGUGGGUUGAAGGGCUGCUUAAGCGUUGCCCAAUUCUCAAGAAGCUAGUCAUUCAUGGUAUUGUUUCCGAGGCCAAGACUGAUGAAGAAUGCAAGAUGUUAGCCAAUUUCACGACUUCCAUGAUUGAGCUGAUGAGGAGAUACACAGAUGUAGAUCCACAUUUUAAAUUUGAAUAGGAUUCUUCUUCUAAAUGAUGCCUUGUUAUAGCUCAGACUUGUUUUAAGUCUGAUUAUGUUGGCAAAUUUGCAGGUAACUUACAGAUAUCAAGAGUUUAUGAACAAUUUUUACUCGGUUAUUGGUAUGAAUCCCUAUUCAAAAUCAGGAAUUUGAUCACUUUGUUUGCAAAGGAAAAGUUAUUAAAUAUUAACUAAUUUCAAUAUGUCAGAUAUUGUAACUGAUUUGAGUUGUUACAAUUUACAAUUAGUGGUGGCAUUUAUGAGGCCUUCAAAGUUAUACCAUUAGGAAUUUUUGCUAGA